AAUACCUUUUCCAUCCCUUCAUUUGUAGUAUAUUAGCAUGUCUCUUAUAGGCAGUAUAUAGAUGAGUCUUGUUUAUAAAACAUCCUAAGUUUUAUAAAAAGAGGUUUAUUUAUAGGCAAAGCUUUUUGCCCUAUCAGCACUCAUUUGAUAGCAAAAAGUAUCAGUCUAUCAACAAGUAUUUUUUGUGCCUGCUGUGUACCAUUUACUUGUUAAAGCUUUGAAAACAAGAAACAAAAUCCUUCUACUCACCAUCUAGGAUUUAGUCAGUAUUAAGAGCUGAAUUUAUCCAAUCCUGUUUUAUGCCCAGAACACUGAGCGAUCAUCAACAGAAAUUAGAUUAAAAGUAUUAAGGCAGCCAGUAGUCAAUAAGCAUGUAAUCUUUGGAAUCAAGCAGACUUUGGUUUCAGUUCUGAUCACAGAAAUGUGUGACCUUGCACACAUUAUCUAAGCUCUCUGAAAUUCAGUUUUGUCAUCUGCAAAAUGGAAAUAAUAGCCUAUAAUUUUAUGAUGAUUCAAUGAGGCAUUUAAUACAUAUGAACUACAUAGCACAUCACCUGACAGGUGUUCAUCAUUAACAGUGAUGAAAUCUAAAACCACCUUGUCACCAAGUGCUUAUGCUCGCAUAUGGCUUCAGGUCAAGGACCAUGGUGAGCGAGGAAACUGGAAUGGUUCCCAUGUGGGUCGCAGUCACAUAUGAAGAUGCUUGUAGAUUUUCAGUGGAAGCUGGGUAUGGCUGUGAGCUCGGACAGUUGCAGAUCUCUUAAGUAUCCUUACGUUGCAGUGUUGCUGAAAGUGGCAGAUCAUUCAGGCCAAGUAAAGAACAAGUCCUUUGAAAUGACAAUUCCACAAUUUCAGAAUUUCUACAGACAGUUCAAGGAAAUUGCUGCAGUUAUAGAAACUGUGUGAAAACUGAUUACUUGGCUGAUAAAUUACUACCAUCAUCCUAAAAUCAUGGACUUCACUUCCUGUAACAAAACUGUAUAAGGGUCAAAUGGUAUUUAUUGAAUGAAAAUUGUACUUUUGUUUUUCCAUUUUUUAAUAAUAAAAAAAUGAGACAAGCAGGAAUUAGAUAGUGGUGAUCAAUGCAAAACUUUUUGAAUAUACUAAAAUAUGAAUUGAAUGCUCUAAAGGGUGGAUUCUAUGUUAUAUAAAUUUUAUCUCAAUAAAAAAAUCAGACAAACA